AUGGAUACGCUUUCACCCAACAAUUGCUCCAAGUCGAGCUCCAGCGGCAGCUCCAUGACCAACUCCUCCAUGGAUCUGGGCGAGAAGCAAUCGAAGCAGUCGAAGCAGCGCCAACGUGGCCAGAAACUCUCUAGAUCGCGUAGUCUGCUGCAGUUGCUCAGCAAGCAUCUGGGCAGACAUUUCCAGCAUCAUCAUCAUCAGAAUGAUACGGUCUACAGCAGCCAGGAUGACAUACGCAGCUCCUCGACGGACUCGUUUAGUCUCAGCUAUGAGCGUGGAUCGCGCAUUGAGGAGGUGCUGCAUGGUGGUUCCAGCUUGGAUUUGGAGAACACAUCGUCCGCUUCAUAUUCGCCGGGCUUGGAGUUUUAUGACAACAAUGCACACAUCUAUGUGGAGACUGUGUAUCGUCCGGGCAGCGCCAUGGAGCAACUGCAUCCACACUACGACGACAGCAGCAGCGUCGAUGAGGAAGAGCAGGUGGAUGAGAAUGAGAAUGAGAAUGAAAAUGAGAAUGAAAAUAUAAAUCUAAAGCCACACACUGAGUCACAACCACGUUCUGCAUCCGCUGCAUCGGCAACAGCAACCAGAAGUGCAUCCAAGCUGCAUCUGAGUCGCAUCUCCAUCUCCUCCUCGGUCAGCCGCAUCUUGCAACACUUCUCCGCAUCGGCGGCAACAACGGCAACAGCAUCGCUGCGCUCCUUGUCCUGCAGCAGCACACCCUUGCGGCAUCUGAGGACGCCGAUGACGAAGAAAUCAUUGACGGCACACAACAGCAACAACAGCAACAACAGCAGCAACCGCAGCAACAACAGCAACAGCAGCAGCAGCACCAAAAAGGAUAAGAAGCAGCAGAGCAUAUUGCGACCUCCAGUUCAGUAUGUCUACAUGAAGGGCAUGUCCGGAUUGUACUCGCGAGUGCCCAGCUACGCGGUCUGUUGCCCCUACACCAUGCACCACAUGUAUUAG